AUGCUAGUGGUAGGGGGUGGAAUAGUCCCCAGUUACCGGUUGAAAGAUACCGAUGAGAGUUAUCGGUUGAAAGAUACCGACGAUGAUUACCGGUUGAAAGAUACCGAUGAUGAUUACCGGUUGAAAGAUAUCGACGAUGAUUACCGGUUGAAAGAUAUCGAUGAUGAUUACCGGUUGAAAGAUACCGACGAUGAUUACCGGUUGAAAGAUACCGAUGAUGAUUACCGGUUGAAAGAUAUCGACGAUAUUGUACGCAAUCAUCCACCGGGUUGGGAUGCCCUAGGCCCAAUCAACCAUCGGGUUGGAAUACCAAUAUACUAUGGGUGUAGUCAACAACCGGGUUCGGAUGCUCUAGGCCCAAUCAACCAUCAGGGUCUGAGUCUGGAUUCUCAGAGGAAUUAUCUGGAUUUUUACAAGAACAGCUUGAAUCAGAAUCAAGAACUGUUGGAUUCACGAUAUGUAGCGGAAGAAGAGGAAGAUAGUCAAGGGUUUCGAAUUGGGUUGCAUGGGUUUCCGUUUCACGGUGGAUUAGCUGGAGAGGCGGCGGCGGCGGUGCAACCUCUGCUUCCGCCGCAGAAGAAACGGUCGUAUUUGUUUUCUUUGGUGGAAGACGAAAAUGCAACGGAUGAGAAAAUGGGAGGAAGUUACCAGUACGAACAUCAAGAACUCUGCCGGCGGCAGUCACCGGUGGGUGGGUCGUCGAGAUUGGGGUUGAGAAACUCCGGUGGCGAAAUUGUGGAAGUUCACGGUGGUCACAUUGUACGAUCAACUGGCCGGAAAGAUAGACACAGUAAAGUAUGCACCGCGAAAGGACCGAGAGACCGCCGUGUCCGCCUCGCCGCCCACACCGCCAUCCAAUUCUACGACGUACAAGACCGACUGGGGUACGACCGUCCGAGCAAAGCCGUCGACUGGCUGAUUAAAAAAGCCAAAGCCGCCAUUGAUGAGCUCGACGAGCUUCCCGCCUGGAAACCGACUUCCACCGCCGCCGCCACAAAUUCAACUUCAAUUUUGAAUUUUGAGCGAUACCCAAAUGAUUGUAUUAUUGAUAAUCAAAUGAGUAACACUCAAAAUUCAAGCUUUUUACCUCCAUCUCUUGAUUCAGACUCCAUAGCUGAUACGAUUAAGUCGUUUUUUCCGAUGGGUGGUUCCUCGUCACCGCACAACAGUAACUCGUCGGCAAUGCAAUUUCAUCAGAGCUUCUCACCGACGGAUGUUCUUUCAAGAAGUAGUAAUCAAACUCAAGAUCUAAAACUCUCUCUUCAAUCAUUCGAAGAUCCGAUGCUUCACCACCACCACCAACAAACCGAAGAAGGUAACAGUAUGUUUCUAGGUGGCUCCGGCUGGCCGGAGAGAAUGGUGGGUUGGGGCGGCGGUGUUUCCGGUGGCUUUCCCUUCAGUUCGCCGCCAACACAAACAACGCCGUUCCUACAGAAUCAUUUGUUCAAUAACAAUUCGCAGAGGGGACCCCUUCAGUCCAGUAACACACCUUCAGUUCGUGCUUGGAUCGACCAGCCACCGUUCAUCGGCGCUGCGGCAUUUGACCACCCGUCUUCUAUGUCCGGUUUCACUUCCGGCGUGAACAAGAGGAAGACGACGGCAUCUCUGAUAAACCGUCCUCUGCUUCCUCUGAUUCUCGCCAUUGAUUCACCUUCAUUCUUUUUAAUCUUCUCUCGAACAGGAUCAAUUACUAUUUUACGAAAACAGAGGAUGAAAAAGAUGAUUCAGCUUCACAGAGUCAAAUCAAUGGCCGCUACUACUACUUUUUCAAGAUUUUUGUAUUUUGUUUUAAUCGAGCAUAUGUUUAGCUCUAAUCUCCAUGCUAAAUUAUUUUUGAAUUACAUCUGUUCUUAGUUUAUGUACGCUAAUUGGGAUCGAAAUUAGUAUUCUGCUAAAACAGAGCAAUAUAUAUGUUUUGAUUAUGCAUUCUAUUCUUCACCAAACAUUGGAUAACAUAUUCUUGAUAGUGUUCCAACACAAAAUUGACCACUUUUGUGAUUGAUUGAAGCCAUAAGAUAAUGUUGGGAUGUUGCUCUUUUUUAGUGAUUGGUCAAUUGGAUGUGUGUACACUAGUUGAUAAACUGAAAGAGAAA